AUGGGUAUAGAUCAAGUUCUAACACCACUGUACCACCCGGAGUCGAACCCGAUUGAGCGUAAGAAUAGGGAUCUUAAACCACAACUUGCGAUUCUCGUCGGUCAAGAUCACGACACCAGGGACUUGCACUUAGCAUCUAUCAGGUUUGCUAUGAACUCGGCAAUUACGUCUAGCACAGGUUUUUCACCAGCUUUUCUUACCUUCGGCAGGGAGCUUCGUGCACCAGCUGAUGCUGUUAACGACAUGCGCGCGAUAUUAGAAAGCGACAAUAUUGUCCCUACUAUCACUCCUUAUCUUAAGAAAAUGGCUAAAACCCUCUCAAAUGCAAGAGAUGUACAUGAGAGAAACCAAAUUGUGCAAAAGAAAUACGCUGACGAACAUCGCCGUGAAGCACCUGAUUAUCAGGUCGGAGACCUGGUGCUUUUGAAGACUCAAGGUCUUAAUGAUACUGACAAGGGUCAGACAUCAAAGUUUAUACCAAGAAGGGAUGGUCCAUAUAAGAUUAGGAAAAUAGUGAGUGCUACUACAUACGAGUUGGAAGGUAUCAAUGAUGGCAAACUCGUAGGUAAAUACCACGCAUCACUUCUCACUCCAUUUGUUGGCACCAUCCAAUCUCCUAUAAGGGAAAAGCGCAGACGCGGUCGACCGCGUAAAGUUCCUAUCCCAAACGCGGGGUCGCCAAUUUUGGGAUAG